AUUGCUGGCGAUGUUUUCGCGUGCAAGUGGGUAAACAGACUAUCGACGCCGGAACUUGCUAAUUACUCCCCAUCUCUCUGUCGUCCCUAUUUAGCCUUUAUCUUCUCACUGGCCUGCUGAUGGCACCAGUUUGCUGCUUUCCAGCAGCGCCGCAGGUCGGGACGGGGACGCGCAUCCCCGGCGUGCGACGGAGCAGCGGCCCCGAACCAAGAGCCCCCGCUCCGCGCGCCCCGUGUCCCUUGUCCUCAAGCCCCGUGUUUAACGCUAGAUGGUGGUAUCUUGAUGAAGCUUCGACCCGAGGGCUGCCCGACACUGCUGACAGUGGCAGGAAAACUCCCUGGAAAAGCCAGUUGCGACGCGCCGAGCCCGAUGUCACGCCGCGGCUGCCCGGCCGGGGGAAGGAGAGCCCCCCCCAAGAGCACAAUGGAGAUGGACAAAAUAUUCCUGCAGCUGUGUGAGGAGGUCACCAGGCUGCAGGAUCUGUGUGCAAAGCAGGGCAAGCUCCUCCAGAAGCUGACUGCCAGGAAGGGCCCUGUCCUCGAUAUCCCCAUGUCGCUACCGAUCCAGUGCACGGAGGACAUGGUCACGGAGGAAGGGGAAAGGCCACCGGGCAGCCACCAGAAGUGCUCCGAGGCCCCGGAGGGCUCUGCCCACCCCCUGGUGCAGCCGCACGCUGCCAAUGCGCCCGGCUUUGACAGCAGGAACCCACCGAGUGCCCCAAACGGCAGAGUCUUCGACGGUGGGGCUGGAAGAGCAGCUCUUGCUGUGGCUUUUGGCAGCAGCAAGGCAGAGAGAAGUGAGAAUAUGGAUAUAGACACGUGGCUGAAAAACUGUAGGAUGCUGCCUAUAAUGAAUAGCCCCGAGGAAGAAGUGAGAGCUUGCUGCAGCCCGCGGGAGUUUGCGGCACCAAGUGCUGAGGCUGUGGACUCCUUCCUGACCCUCUUGGACCUUUACAAAGGCCCAGAAGCCCUUCAGAAGGAAGAUGCUCCCAGUGAAAGCCCUCAGCCUGCUGAAGAAAAGGCGCCGGUGGAAAUCCGAGGGCCCAUGAAGACGUCCUGGACGCCAGGCUGGAUGCUGGAGGAUGCUCCGCUCGGGCAAGGUGACGUCCUCACCUCCGAGGCCGCUCAGACUUACGACAUUUGCCAGGCAAUUUUCCCCUCGGAUGCAGCAGCCCAAGCAGACUAUUUAAAGCACGUCUUAACCCAUAUGAAGUAGGACUUUCCACUCGUUAAGCCUCCAUAUUUGCACUGCGACCACAAUGGGCUCUGGACCUUCGUGAGAUCCUGCUGCUGGAUCAGCUCAGGCAGCAAUCCUGUUCCCAGUAAUCCGGCAUGCUCC